UUACUUCAUCCCUUUAGCCGGAAGCAGCCUAUGUAAACAGGCUCUAACUUAUACCUGCAGGUUGAGAACACUGAUAGAAACCGAUAUCAAUUAAGUCGUCAACGUUUCACUCUGGGAAUGGAGAGAAGCGUGGAGACAAUUUCAGCUAUUGUAGCUCUGGGGUACCCUGGCGGCGGUUCCUGCCUCAAACGGUGCAGGUGUGAUGAGCUCCCCUGCCCGCUUCUCAGCUGGCUGUCCGCGGAGCUCAGGGCUCUGCGUCCGGAGCUGACAGACUUGAAGGGGGCAGGUGAUGUCUUGUUGGUGGAAGAGUUAAGAAAUUUGCUGUCAAACAUGUUCUCCCCCCUUGCUGUAAUGACCUCUGAUGUGCUGGAACCUUCUACCCUCAACAGGGUCACUGACUUCCUUGUGUCAGAGUUGCUAGCAGCUCAUGUAAUCAAGAGGAAGGAGCUGCAUCCUGAAGGGAAUUCGACAGGAGAAGAAGAAUCUGUGAAAGAGCAGCGAGUUGAGCAUCAUAGCUACGAUGAUUUGUGUCAAGAACACAAAGACGCCGAUGCGGCGGACACGGACAGACGGAAGGCGGAGAUGCAGGCAGAGUGGGUUUUGCUGCUGCAUGCACUUGGUUUGGAUACCUCUUCUCAGUUUGACGAUGUACAGAAUGAGGUGAAGUUGAGGCUUAUUCGUCUACCGGGUGGAGACAUGACAAACCCUCUUCUAAACACCAGCCUAAGCUCGGAGCAGUGGAUGAAGCUGCAGAGGAUCAAUCAAACUCUAUCGGUGGAUUAUCAGUGCCGGCGACAGAUGAUGAUUAAACGCUUCCAGGUUACGCUCGAGUCAUUUGCGUGGGGAGAGAAACAAACGGAGCGCAGUGCUGCUCUAGCCUCAGUGCCAUCCCUUUUGUCCCUCAUUGGAUCCUCCCAAGUGUCUCCAUCGCUCCUGCUGGCUGCCAGAGAGGAUCAGUCCUUCGUUGAACCAAUAAAACCUGGGAAGAGAACCGCUGUCUACAAGAUGCUGAUGGGCAGCGUCCCAGACAGAGGAGGACGGCCUGGGGAGAUCGAGCCUCCUAUGCCAACAUGGGAAGGACGAAGAACACAUGGAGGCAGAGGAGGAAGAGGAAGUAUCCAACAUAAGCAACACAAGAAGAAAGGGAAAAAAGAGUAGCCUGUUUCUCUUUCCAUGCUUGCUGAUUUUGCUUUUGUUAUAUAAAAUAUUUGUGUUAAAUAAAAGGACCUACAAUGUUGCUUGUAAUACACUCCUCAAAAAAAAUAAAGGGAACACUUAAACAAC